AUUUACAACACUAAAUACUCAAUUUGAACUUUUUAUGCUCACAGCAAAACCAAAAGACCAAUAUAAUUAACAAUUGAACACAGGAAAAAACACAAAUAUGGAAACUUUUUUAAAAUAGGUAAGCGUUUAUAGAAAUAAUAAUACAUAUAAAUUCCGCCAAGGCUGUAGCCCUUGCCAUAUUUCUCAAUGUAGGGUUUUCUCUCUCACGAUCGACAAGAAUCUUUUACUGCCGCCAUCGCCGUCUCCGCCACCGCCGCCGCCGUCGUUGAGCCCUAUGUCACAAAACGUGCCUUUGUCAAUUGCAGAGGAAACAGUGUCCCCGCCGCAAAAGAAACAUAAGAUCAGAGAAAGUGAUGAGAAGAUCGGUGGUAACGUAACUUCCAUUGAUGAUGGCAUGAAUGUAGAGGAUGAUCAUAGUUGUAGCGAGUAUGAUUCGGAGGAAGAUUAUUGCCCAGAUGGCACAUGAAAAAUGGAUAAAGCUGUUUGGGAGAAGUACUACAAACAGGUUAAGGAAAGCGAGGGUUUUGAUAUCGAAGAUUUUCCUGGACAGUGCUGGAUGACGACUGUCUUCCCCAUGCCAUACUACUUGGAUGAUCCUAAGAAUGUUGACAGGUUGAAGGAUUAUGCUGGAAAGGCACUUAAGCUAUAUAACGAUAGUAAUGGAACCAGUUAUGAGGUCGAUGACAUUUUGAAGGUGAAUGGAGGUGGUUGUCGUGCCUUUAUUUUCUAUAUUACCUUCUCUGUCAAAAAUGGUGUGUGCGACACUUUUCAAGCAAAGGUGGUGAAAGAUAUAGGUUAUCAUUUGGACUUUCCUAUCAUCAGGCCAAAGGCCAAGGCUGUCACGGGGUAAAGGCUGCUUUGGACCUCCUUUUUUUCUUCUGAAAACUGCCCCUCUUUGCUCGUAGACAUGAAGAGUUUUCGGGCAAAGAUAAA